AUGGCGGCCGUGCGGGGCCUGCGGAUCUCGGUGAAGGCGGAGGCGGCGGCGGAGGAGGAGGAGGAGCAGGAGCAGCCCCGCGGCCCCGAGCCCGAGCCCAUGGAGGUGGAGGAGGGCGAGCUGGAGACCGUCCCCGUGCGGCGCUCGCUGCGGGAGCUGCUCCCGGACACUAGUAGAAGGUAUGAAAACAAAGCUGGAAGUUUCAUCACAGGAAUAGAUGUCACCUCCAAGGAAGCAAUUGAGAAAAAGGAGCAAAGAGCGAAGCGCUUUCAUUUUCGAGCUGAAGUGAACCUUGCCCAAAGGAAUGUGGCAUUGGAGCGAGACAUGAUGAAGAAAGCAAUCCCUAAAGUGAGGCUGGAUACAGUCCACGUUUGCGGGGUAGAUGAGAUGAGUACCCAGGACAUCUUUGCCUAUUUUAAAGAGUAUCCUCCUGCUCAUAUUGAGUGGCUAGAUGACACAUCGUGUAAUGUAGUCUGGCUUGAUGAAGUGACAGCAACACGAGCUCUUAUAAAUAUGAGCUCUAUGCCUGAUCAGGAUAAACUCAAAAACAGAGAAAACGACGAGGAGAAAGCAACUGAAAAAAACAAGAAAGACAAACAGGAGGAAAGCUCGGAUGAUGAGACCGAGGAAGGAGAGGUUGAGGAUGACAAUCCAAGUGAUGUUGAGUUGGAUGCGCUUUCCCAGGUAGAGGAAGAUUCUCUCCUACGUAACGAUCUACGCCCAGCCAACAAGCUGGCUAAAGGAAACAAACUGUUCAUGAGAUUUGCUACUAAAGAUGAUAAAAAAGAGCUGGGAGCUGCAAGAAGAAGUCAGUACUACAUGAAAUAUGGCAACCCUAAUUAUGGUGGCAUGAAAGGAAUUCUUAGCAACUCUUGGAAACGAAGAUAUCAUUCACGUCGAAUCCAUCGUGAUGUGAUAAAGAAAAGGACACUCAUUGGGGAUGAUGUUGGGUUGACACCUCCUUAUAAACACCGGCAUUCAGGCCUAGUGAAUGUUCCUGAGGAGCCUAUUGAGGAAGAAGAAGAGGAGGAGGAAGAGGAGGAUAUGGAUGAGGAUGACCGGGUUGUGGUAGAGUACCGGGAUGAACUACAAGCUUUCAAACAGUCUCGAGAUCGCAGUGCAGCAAGACGAUCAAGUGCCAGUGCGUCUGAUUCUGAUGAAAUGGACUAUGAUCUUGAACUGAAAAUGAUAUCCACUCCAUCUCCCAAAAAGAGCAUGAAAAUGACAAUGUAUGCUGAUGAGGUGGAAUCUCAAUUGAAAACUAUUAGGAACUCUAUGAGAGCGGAUAGUAUAGCAUCCAGUAAUGUCAAAAACCGGAUUGGCAGCAAAGGAUCGUCAGAAAAAGUUGCAGAUGUAAGACUACUGUUAGAGGAAAAACGUCAGAAUAAUACAGGCCAGCGUCAGCCAGUCAGCACUACAAAAUCAGAUGUACGGCAGAGACUAGGAAAGAGACCUCACUCUCCAGAAGUCAAUCCCCCAAGUAGCACCUCCACCCCUCGUCGAGAAUCAGUAUCAGAUGUACAUAGCCGGUUAGGGAUACCCAAACAAGAUGUGAAAGGCCUUUACUCUGACACCAGAGAGAAGAAAGCAGGUAAUUUAUGGACCCGCUUAGGAUCAGCGCCUAAGACACAAGAAAAGACUCCAGAUAAAUCAGAAAACUCAGUAACCGCUCCAGAGGAGGACGAUUCAGAGCUCCAGCGGGCAUGGGGUGCUCUAAUAAAAGAAAAAGAACAAUCUCGCCAGAAGAAAAGUCGAUUAGAUAACUUGCCAUCUCUACAAAUUGAAAUUAGCCGGGAGAGUAGUUCUGGGUCAGACACUGAAUCAUGAUGCUCUUUAGACCCUGAUCUUCAGGAUUUGAACGCUGCAGCAUGGCAAGAUGUUCAUUGCCCAAAGGCUGAACAUUAUGGAAGUGUGGCAGGACUCUGAUUGAGGUUCCAGGAGCCUCUCUACUCUGUUUACACAGAAGUAAAGACCUGUAUACCACUUGACAUUUAAAGCAAUCACAUUUGUCUUCAGUAUGUGUGGCCCUGUGUUGCGUAGGGCAUUGUCAUAUACAUUUAUUACAGCAAACCUGUAGUAGUUAUUGCAAAACAUUUUUUCCCCAAGCUUCAGACUUUAAAGAAGGGGCAGAACUACUCCUGGAUUUUGUAGAAGACUUUUUGUUCUUAAUCUUUUUAACAUGGAGUCUUUUAAGAAAAUGUUUUACACAGUUCAUCCAAAGAACAGGGAACUUCAGAAUAAUCACUAU